CUUAACUCUAACUCCGAAAAAUUUUACUUUUCCUUGCCGAAACCGCUACUUAGAUUCUCUUUUUCCCAAUCUCCGAUUUUUUCGCUUUUCAUCAGAUUCUCUUCUCUGUUUGGUGAAAUUUACAAACCGCCAAUUUUUAAUCAUUUUUAAUCCAAUUUCCCUUUGUGUUCUUCCCGUUUUGCACCAUUUUCCCCGUUUUGGUUCAACUUUUCUUUAUGUAAUUAGGGUUUCAAUGAAAAUUUCAGUUUCUUAGAAGCUUCUAGAACCAGGAUCUAAGUUUGGAUUUUUUCCCCUUUCCAAUGAAGAUUUUCAGUUUCAGGUGUUGUUUUUUGGCUCAGAAAAUACAUACCCCGAAGCUCGAAAUCUAGUAAAAUGAAGGAUUUUUAGGUUCAUCCUUAUGUAGUAGUUAUGAUGAUAUUGUUGUAUGUAGGUAGUUUUAUAAUCUAGUAGCAAAAUUUGUGUGUUUUGUGAGGUGUGAGGAAGCUGACCUGGAUACACAAUUAUUAAAAAAAAAGGAAUUUUGUCUUUUGAGGUCUGCGGAAGCGGGCCCAGACAAUAAGGUUUUCAAAAAAAAAUUGUGGAUCUUGUGAGGUGUGCGGAAGCUGGCUUGGACACGAUUAUCAAAAAAAGGGUGAUUGUGUGUUUUGUAGUUGAUCUUAUAGGAAUUGUUGUAUAUGAAUAGUAGUAGCUAAAGUUAGAAAUAUGACACAGAGGAAGAAGAGAUCGAAAGCUAGUAAACAAGUUGGGGCUGUUAAUGGUUCGGUUCCAUCGGAGUAUGAGAGUGCCGUGAAGGCAUUAACGGAUGUGUUUAGCUCUGUAUGUGUGGAGGAAGCAAAAUAUGCUUAUAAAGAGGCAAAUGGGGAUUUGAAUAAAGCAAUGGGGAUUUUGGCUGAUAUAGUGGAGAGUAAAGAGAGUAAAGAAGAGGAUAAGAUUACUAGUUGUUCUAGCUCAAGUGGAAAUGUUGGGUCAAGUUUGGAUUCAAGUAACUCGGAUAUGUUUGUUGGUGUUGGGUCAAGUUUGGAUUCCUGGCAGAAUGCAGUUCAGCGAAAGGCCAAAACAAAGAAAUUCGUAGCUGCUACUGGAACAGUCGCGACGAUGCUAGGGAAGGAUUAUGUGAGGACAACUACAAAGAAGAAUUGUUUGAAGUUCAAGGGUUUAAAUGAUGAAACAUUGGGUAACGAUGAUGUUGAGCAGUUUUUGUGUUCCAUGCUUGGGGAGGAUUCUGAUUUGAGCUUAGCUGUCGUCAGAGAUGUUUUAUGUGUGGUGUUGAUCAGGGAAGAUUAUAUGUGCAGUGGCGGAGCCAAGAAUUUAGCAAAGGGUCAAUGCGGAUACGAAGUUGAGAAGGCUCUGAGUGUGUUGCUUGAAUUAUCAGCUUCCUCUAAUGAGCGACCUAAGCUUAGCGACUGUGGUGCAAGCUGGAAAGAAGAGGCAGUGUUUCUUCAUUCAAGUGAUGGUCUUACUGAUAGGACGUCUGAUUCUACUUCUCAUUCAUCUGAAGGUGAAGUUCAAGAUAAUGUGUGGUUUUGGGGGCCUCCUGGCAGGAAUCAGUUAAAAGUUCCUGCUGGAGAUUCAGAACAUUCUUCAUCAUCUACAGCAGGAAAUUCUGGGCGACAACUUCCUCAAGAAAUCUUGGCAUCUUUGUUUAAUAUGCCAACCCCUAAGAGCGCUGAACAAGAACCAACUACUAUGAACUGGAAGAAUGUUGUGAAGAAGAUGACCUCUUUGGGACAAAGGUUUGGAUCAAGUCCUAAUGACAUUCCAGCAUCACAGCAUACUCAUGCUGAGGGAGCUGAGUAUCACCUGUUCAGGGAAGCUGCAAAGCAACACUGGGAGUCAAUGAGAACCCAUUAUCAGCAGGCUGCAACAGCGUUUUCAAAUGGCCAAAAGGAAAAUGCUGCUUAUCUUGCGGAUCAGGGUUGGCUACACAACAGAAAGGCUCAAGAGGCUGAUGAGAAGGCUAGCCAGGAUAUAUUUGCAGCAAGAAACAAGAACAUAGAAAACAUUAUAACUAUCGACUUGCAUGGGCAACAUGUCAAACCAGCAAUGAGGCUUUUGAAACUGCACCUUCUGUUCGGAGCAUUUGUGCGAUCUGUUAGGUUGUUCAGGGUUAUCACUGGAUGUGGGGUGCAUGGCGUUGGGAAGUCUAAGCUGAAAAACUCGGUAGUUGAACUUUUGAGGAAAGAACGUAUUGAAUGCACUGAGGAGAAUAGAGGAACAUUGCUCAUUAAGCUCAAUGGACGAAUGAAUUUUAGCUUUCUAGAUGCUGAUGACGAUGAUGAUGACUGACCAUCUCUUAGGCAUGGUUGCUAGUACUUAGCCGCCGUGGAGGUUAGCAUUAACAGUGGCGCUAAAUUGUAAUUAACACCACUAUAUUAUCUGGUUGCUAGGUGGAGUACCUAGAUUAUGAUAUUUUGCAGAUAUUAAAUUUUCCUUUGUUGGUGUGAGAAUUGUAAAGUUGAUCUUAGCUCUGACUACUAUGCAGCGUGAGAGCUGAGCUUGAGUAUCAGUGUAGAGUGCAAAUUAUUGUAGUUAACUGUAGUACUCACUUGUUCGGGGAAUCUUAUGCUCUUGAAAAUUUGUACCUUGAAAAUUUGCAGUUGGGUAUCUCUAGCUGUCUUAUUUGGGUGUGUGAAUAAAAUUGGUUUUUUCUA